AUGCCCCCUGGUGGAGUCAAGCCUCGACCUCCUAAGAGAGUUCAUGCGGACCUCCCAACUAAUCCACGAGUCACAAGGUCGAAGAAAGCUCUAUCACAAGAUGCUGAUGGAGGUAUUCAAAGUGAGGAAAUGUCUGAUCCUAAACAGCAGACACCAAGUGUCAUCCAUAAGCCAACUGCUUCCAUGGCUUGUGUCCGCCAAGCUGAAGAAACUGUUCCCAACUUUGAUGACCAUGGUGUUGAAGGUGAUGAUCCUGGACAUUGUGAUGAUGACAACUGGAUUGCCAAUGGAGCUGAUCUCAUUGCCCAUUGUGAUGACGAAAAUGAGAUGGCCAACGAAACUGGUGAUAGUGCCCAGCCAAAUCAGCAAACCCAACCUAACAAUAACUCUGAAGGUCCACAAUCCUAUGAGGAGCCAAGGGAAAGGGGCCCCAAUUUGGGAAAAGGUCUGGAAAGGAUCAAUCGACGCCGGCAGGGCAAACUGCCGCUUGUCAUUCCAGAAGGGAAGUUAAGGCCGGAGGCACCUCUUCUUGCUGCAAAGUUCGCAACUGAAUGCAACGUCACAGUUAGACACCAUAUGCCCGUGUUUAAGCGCUGGAAGGAUUACAAGGACCCAGAUGGACAUGUCCGAGAUGGGAUCUUCAGGAACUUUGUAGGAAAAGUUGGUAACAAGUUUCAGAUGGACGUUGAUGUUGUGCCAGUUAGGAAGGCUUGUACUGAAAUGCUGAAACGUGCAACUCGCCAACAACGAUACAGGCUCAAGAAAGAGUAUUUUGACCCUCACCCACUCCAUUUGGUGAUGAGAACGUCUCCUGUCCCCUCGAUGACCGAUGAGCAGUGGAAUGAGCUAGUGGAAAGCUGGAAGGAUCCCAAAAAGAUGGGGAUAUGUGAAACUAACAAAAAUAAUCGAGCUCAACUUAAGUUUCACCAAACCACUGGCUCACGCAGCUACCCUGUGCACUGUGAUAAUCUGGGAGACAAAUACAAAGAUAAAGAACCCACUGCAUUGGAUUUGUUCAAGGAGUGCCAUUACAGCAAGAAAAAGAAAAGCUACACCGAUGUUGUCCAAGCUGCAAUUACCGAGAGGGAAAACAAGGCCUCUCAGCCUACAGAAGAUGGACAAGAAUCAAACUCUACGACCAAGGCUGUAGCUGAAGUGCUUGCUAACCACACUAAGAAUCCAAGGUUUCUUCAGCAUGUGGGGAUCCAGCAUGUCCAUGCGAGAUCUAGCGAUAGCAACUGUCAAGCAGAAUUGGCAAAGAGGGGCAAUGUCGAGCUUCGGGCUCUUGUUGACACCUUGACCAAGCAGUUGAAGGAGUCCGAAGAAGCAAGGAUCAGGCAAGACGAGGAGCACAGGAAGAGAGAUGAGGAGAACAGGAAGAAGCAAGAUGAGAUGGAUGCAAAACUAGACUUUUUGCUAAGUCAGUUGCAAGCAAGAUCAACUCAAGGAUGCAAGGUCAAUGUUACUGUGAUUUGGGAUGUUGUUCCUCUUUUCUGUAUUUGUGAUGGAUCUGGAGAUUGCAAACAAGAGGCUUUAGAAAGGCAGAAGGUGCGGUUUGACGUCUCUCACUAUGCUCACCUGAAUGUUAGUGACGUGCUGUCUAGAUACCUCAGUCAUGUGCAUUCCAGCCGUGACUCGGAAAUUAAGAUGGUCAAGCAACUGCAACUGAAAUAUGAGACCGCCCUAACUGAAUUGGGCUCUCAAUUAACUGAUGCAAAGACCUGA